ACUUCCAACCAAUGGCUGCGUGCGUUUGAGUCACGUCAGCAGCAGCGCAGCAGAUUUGAAUCGUUUGUGUGGUUUUGUGUCGCAGUUUGAAUGCAGAGACGAAAAGAAUAUUUGUACGUUUUUAGAGAAUUUUUAGACUAGAACCAACAGCGGGAUGGACUGUCGAGCUAACAGCGAUACGUUCUUUCUGAGUGAGAAGUUUGACUUCGAUGUUUCUUUGUCACCUGCCAGCUCCAAAGGUGAUGAAGAUGAAGAUGAGGUGUUUGUCGGUCCAGUCACCCAUAAGGAAAGGUGUCUCUCUGUUAACGUGGUGUCUCAGCUUGAGAGUGAUGUGCGAGAGAGCUGGAGUCCGCUGAGUGGAGAUCAGCUGCACUCUGUGUUUCAGGAAGCCCACAAACUUGCCAACCGGCUGAAGUGCAGAGAACUGAGCCAGCCGCACUGUGAGGACGAAAAGACCACCAACGUGACUAAUGACACCACAACUGACAGGGAGGAGUUCGUCCAGGACGCAGAGGCGAAACUGGGUGUGCUUGGUCAGACCGCCAGUGCACUCAGCCCCAUCAAACGGCAGACCUUCUGUGUGCAGGACAGUCCCAUGAAGCAGCUGCCGCCCGCUGUCCAGCAGCGCAUACUCAGAGGAAGUAUCUCCAACACAGCUUUAUCCAGCCGGUACGCCACUGUCAACGCGGCUUCAUCCACCCGCCCCACUGCCAGACUCAGCACCUCCAGCCCCAUCGCCGGGGUCAAGCCUCAGCCCAGGACGGGGCUGCGAGGGAAAGCCGCAAUGGGCGUCGUGCUGCCGAGCAAACCGGCUGCACCAACAACUUCCUGUUCAACAAGCAAGAGCAGAGUGGAGAAAACUAGACUGCAACCACCAAGCAAAGCGGUGGGGGGUUGUAAGCGGGGCCUGUCCAGCAGGGCGGACUCAAGUGAGGAUCUGCUCUCGGAUUCAGCGAGCAUGGCAUCUGACAUCAGCGAUUCUUCCCUCAACUCCAGCCUUCUGGGAAAACGCAUGCUGGCUCCGCCCUCCAAGAGUGCUGUGAGGAACCGGCGGUCAGGUGUGAAAGCUCCGCCCCUACAGAAGAGGAGGGUAACGGAGAGGAAGAACACGUCCUCAUCCUCGUCCUCGGUGUCCAGCUUCAACUCCAGCCUAUCUGUGUCCCCCGCUAAAGGUAAACUGAACUCCUCUCUGAACCGGAGUUUGAGCAGCUCCACCAGCAGCAUCAGCAGACCGGCCAAUCACAGCAGACCACGUCGCUCCUCCGUCUACGAUGCCGUAGAGACAGCGCCCUGUCCCGCUGGCCGCCGCUCCCUGUCCGUUCAGGCCAGGAAGCUGUCCGAGGUGGAGCGUGUCAAAGCCACUAAGUCCACGCCGCUGAAGAGAGCUGAGGCCACGCCCCUCAAGCCUACGCCUGGCAAGAGGAUUUUGGAGAGGACAGCCUCCGUCCCCACCUCCGCAUCAGCCCAGCUGCAGAGCAGAUCAAGGAUCAAAUCCAAACCCGAGGCCCUGGUCCUACCGACACCCAACGGAGGGGUCAGAGGAGUCCGCCAAGGUGACGACAUCACAAAGAUGCUUAAGCCAAAGAGGCUGAUGUCCGUGAGCAGCGUGGACAGUCUUCCUCAGAAGCCCUUUGUCGGUCCUCUGACGCCUUCUGCCGGAAGCUGCAGGUCACUGCAGGUGAAAGCGCGGCGUCCCUCAGCCCUCCCCACCCCAGUGAAGCGCAGGAUGUCCGCUAUGCCCGUCGCCACGCCCACCAGACCGCCACUCACCUCAGACUCGGACCCCGUCCCCGCCUCGGCCAGGAGUGAGAGAAGCUGCAGCCCCGCGUCUGCAGACUCGCAGAAGGCGGAGCCUAUUGAUGCCCCUGACGUCCAGCCCUUCUGUCUGGAGGAGGAGCCCCCUGUUGCUCCGCCCUCCAGCCCUCCACAGGCCGACCAAUCGGAGAGCACAGAUCCUGGAUCAAAGAGUCAGGGCGAAUCCGAGCCCGGCAUUAACCUUAUCGAACUGGAAUCUAAAGAGGACAGCGACAACAAAACACCGGAGGUCAGAGGUCACACACACCAGUUCUUAUCUGCUCAGGUUCUCCUGUUGGAUCUUCCAGCUCCGACUCUGCAUCCUCGAGAGAAACUGCUCAUCGACCUGACCAACACCCCCGACCUGAUCCGGACCAACAGCAAGACCUGCACCACAACUCAGCUGAUCGACCUGAGCUCUCCGUUAAUAAAGUGGAGUCCAGAAGAUAAGGGGGAGAACAACGCUCCACUCAUCAACCUGUCCUUCUGAUCCAGAUCCUACUGAAGACCUGGAUCUAAUGGAGUCUGCAGUAAACUGGACUAGUAGCAGGUUUCUAACUUCAGAAACUCUAAUAAUUAUAAUGCAGUUAAGAUAAUGAAAGAUUUGUUUUAUAAGUAAAGUCUUUACUGAAGCAGAGUAUUAUGUUUUUAGAUUUUAAAAUCAGGUGGAAUGAUGAAAAUAUUCAGAGGUUGCUGAAGGUUUUCUGCACCUGAUUGUACUUUAAUUUGUCUCCGUCUUGCUGCUCUUAUUGAUGUCUGUUAAAUAAAUGUUGUUAAUGUCACUACUGGAAA